UAUAGUUUCAAAUCGGUGUCUAAUCCUACAAAACGAAAAUCUAAAAAUAAUAAUGCCUUCUUCGCGGAGCAAGUGCGAUCUCAAAUAUUUCGAAGAUAUAGUGUGGGAACCCAAGUAUCUCAAGAAAAAAUGUAAGGAGCUUGGCGUAGAUGGCGAGUUUAAUGCUUAUCAGAUACGGCUCUUUAGGAGUUACGUACGCGUGUUCUUUAUGUUUCAUAUAACCGUUACCAUUAUUCAUUGUUUAUUGGUAAUCUUAUUAAGUGAGCAUAAAAAGUAUAUCUUCUACGAUGUGGGUAUAUAUUCAGUCAGCUGUCUGAUCCUCUUACUCAUUCUUAGCAUUAAUUUCCGCAAGAAAAUAAUUGAAAAGUAUACGUGGAUAAUGUUCGUCAGUUCUGCGUUAGCCAGUUUGACUUUGGUGUGUGCGGAUCUGACCCAGUGCCUAUUCCACUAUUACUACCAUGACUGGUUGUGCGGCUCGUUCUACGACACAUACAUCCUAUUCAUGAUCUACACAUUUCUGCCGAUCAAAAGCCUCUCCGCCGCCUUUGUGUUGGCGUUGGUCGUCUCCUCAGCGUACAUCAUGUACUUCAUGCAAAUCGUCUACCUACCCAAGGGAAUUUAUGCAUCAAUGUCUAGCGACAUUGCCCUCCAUUUGUGCCUAAAUGUGGUCGGCAUCCUUUAUCGCACCGUUAAUGACAUGAUCGUGCGAUCCUCAUUUAUAGACCGCCACCAGUUUAUUAAGGAAGAAAUCUCUCUGCGGAACGCCCAGCGCCAAGAAAAAAUCCUGCUUGACAGCAUCUUGCCCUCCACGUUUUCAGAGCUUCUGCAGAAGGACAUUAAGAAAAAGAUCAUACAAUCUCAGCGGCUCGCCUCAACUCCAAUGCAAAUCAGCAACGCCUUUAGGCGCUCCAUGGCCAUACAGAUCCAUUCGGACGUAAGCAUUCUGUAUGCGGACGUGGUAAACUACACCCACCUGACCACGACUCUCACCGUGGAGAAGCUGGUGACCACCCUGCACGACCUUUACGCCAGAUUUGACUUAGCCGCCCAGCACUACAGGGUGCAGCGCAUCAAAUUCCUGGGCGAUUGCUACUAUUGCGUGGCAGGUCUAACGGAUCCGGAUCCCGAUCACGCGAACAAUGCUGUGGCCCUGGGCAUUGCCAUGAUCGCCCAUAUUCAAGAAGUGCGUGCCUCGCAAAAUUUGGAUAUAAAUAUGCGCAUUGGAAUUCAUUCCGGAACUCUGUACGCAGGGGUGAUCGGUGAAUCUAAGCUGCAGUUUGACGUGUGGGGGCCGGACGUCACAAUAGCCAAUGUCCUUGAGUCAACUGGCGUUCCUGGUGCCGUGCACAUCAGUGAGGCCGUGUUGAGGAAUCUGACAGCGCGUAAUGAAUACACAAUUGAGAGAGGUCCUGAAAGGGCACAGAGAGAUUCCCUCUUGCUAAAGAAUAGAAUUGUCACAUACCUAAUAGUAUUCCCACAUAAUGUCCCUGAUUUUUCGACCGAUGACCAGAUGUUCUCAAGCUCCCAGCCCAGCUCAAAUUUGCCUCAUGGCGUUACUGCCGAGUUCAACGAGGAAUUGCGUGAGGAAUAUCGGAAGAUGCCAGUCAUGAAAUAUCUCCCCUCGAUUUUAUGGAAAUUUUGGUGCCAAGAGCCAUCCAAAGAUCCAUUGAACUCGCAAAUGGACAUCUGUCUGACCUUCUACGACACAGAUCUAGAGAAACCAUAUUUAGGACAGAGUGACUUUUUAUCCAGGUAUUACUUCAUAAUGGCCUGGAGCGUUGGUGCUGGCUCAAUUUACAUUCAAAUUAUGAAUUCUGAAAACAUUGAACUGUGGUGCCUUGUAGUCGACAGCUUGAUGCUUGUGUUUUUGACUGUAAUGGUCUUUAUUCUCUGGUACAAAAAGAUUUGCUGGAUAUUAUAUGGCAAGAAAAACAAACCGCACACUUACAACCGCCUCAGCUGUCUUAUAUUCCGCAUCCAUGAGAAAAUUCAGGAAAGUCUGACCAUACGCAUUUGCACCUUCCUGCUCGUUAUAUCAUUGUAUUGGAUCAUAAUGGGUAUAAGUACGAGAUGCAGCCAAGCAAAGUUUAUCUUGGCAUAUAUUGAGGAAAGGAUCUAUCACUAUGAGGCCAACCAGUCGCCAUGUUUUGCACCGUGGGAGACCACUAGUAUGCUGGCUCUGAUGACUUGCAUGGCCUUCACCUUCAGCCACAUCCCUUUUAUGCUCAAGACGAUUGUGGCCUUUAUUCAAGUUCUCAUAUAUAACAUAUUAAUUUUCCUUCAGUUCGAUUUCGUUUUCCACCACAGCAUCACUUCGAAUCCGUACUUUCCCUCUGAGUAUUCCCAUGCCUUUGUGGUAAUAAUUACCUUUGUCACCAUGUAUCUUAAGGCGAAACAGACCGAGUUCUGUAAGAGAGUCAAUUUUAGCUGGCGCGUCGAGUUGGAAAAGAAGCGGUAUGACGCCUCAAUAACAAAUAGCUCGAUCACGAUUCUUCUGAAUAACAUUCUUCCCAGUCAUGUUGUCGACAUCUAUCUUAACUCAUUAGCCAAAAACGAACUCUAUUAUGAAAAUUAUAAAAUGGUAUCCGUCAUGUUUGCCAUGUUAUCAAAUUUUGAAAUGAAUCUAAGCAGCUUGCGGAUUCUCAAUGAGGUUAUUACCCAGUUUGAUCUGCUGUUAUUGCACUAUAAGAAGCAUUAUGUGGUUGAGAAAAUUAAAAUCGCGAACUACACAUAUAUUGCGGCUUGCGGAUUGGAUGUGAACUUUGCUGGCUCCACCAGUAAGCCAUUGAAACUGGGGUCAAUGAAAGAGGAGCGCUUGGAGCUGGUCAGCAAAGAAGAUCACGAGGAGGUGGUUUUCGUAAUGGCCUCAUUCGCCCUGGACCUCAUGCGAACCCUGGCCAGCUGCAACAAGGCCUACAAUGGCAUCGUCCAGGGAUACAACUUAAGUGACGGGAUGAUUACCAUCGGGAUAUCCAGCGGUGAGAUAAUGGCCGGCAUCGUCGGCGCCUCGAAGCCACACUACGACAUCUGGGGCGAUCCGGUGAACAUGGCGGCGCGGAUGGAGACGACAGGUCAGUCGGGUCACAUUCAUGUAACGGAGGAGUCGGCGAAUAUUCUGGAAUCUUAUGGCAUUCAGGCCAAUUACCGCGGCCAGACUUUCGUGAAGGGGCGUGGCUUCCUUCCAACAUAUUUUCUGGGCAUUGACAAGGAUCACAACUUCAUCACAAAAAGGGGGACACGGCAAUUAAGUUUAGCUGUUUAACAAGUAAAAU